UUUUCAGCCGUUCAAAAUAGUCGCCCGUGUUUCGAGGAGCUAGCGCGCACAGCCCAAAAUCGUGCCCUAAAAGCGAGUCAAAAGCGGUCGGGAGUGUCCGGAAUCGGCGGCAAAGUGCGCCGGAAGUGUCGAGUGAGCCGCGGAUCGUGAAGGUACAUGUGUUACUUUUCUUCGCCCAGAUCCAGCUCCACGUAGAGAGAGAAAGAAACCUUGAGUGACGGAAUAGCAGCAGGCGCACCACCACACCACCCGGCCGGUGCUGGUUAUGCUCAGAAGAUGGUGAUGCGCAGCCUUGGGAAGUGGUGGCGCACCAGAAGAGCAGAGUGAAGAAAGGCCCAAAAAGGAGAAGAGGGUCCUCCCUGUGCCUUGAUGUUCUAAGGUUGAAUGACAACAAAAACAUCCAAAUUUCAGCAGCAGGACCCGCAGCGAGCGACCUCGCGGGACAUAAACUAUAAAGUGCGUAGUUGAAUAAAUUAAGAAGCGGAAAGACCUCGCAAUAAGAGCAAAAAAGUUUGUUUGUGUGUGUAUGUGUACAUUCGUCGUAUGUGUGCAUGUCCUUUCGUGUUUGUGAGUAGAUGUGUGGAUAAGGAAGAAAAACAAGAAGCCAAAAUUGGGAAAAAGUGCGUCUGAGAAAGGACGAAGAAGAUCCUGUCGCCGCCAGCUGGAGAAUUUCGAGGCAUAAGGACCGUGUGUUUUUUUGCGACUGGAACCAAGUGACGAGAUAACGGAGCCUUGAAAAGGUGUCCAGCAGCAGCAUUUCGUCGCCGUAAUGGAUACCUCGGAGGACGACGUAUCCGAUCACUCGCAGGGAGACAAGUCGAGUAAAACGCGCUGGACGAAACAUGAGGACGCCGCCCUCAAGUCGCUGGUCGAGCAGUACGGCGAACGGUGGGACGCGAUCGCCAAAUUCCUGAAGGACCGCACCGACAUCCAGUGCCAGCAGCGGUGGACCAAGGUGGUCAAUCCGGACCUCAUCAAGGGUCCGUGGACAAAGGAGGAGGACGACAAAGUGGUCGAGCUGGUCACCAAGUACGGCCCGAAAAAGUGGACCCUAAUCGCCCGACAUCUGCGCGGCCGCAUCGGCAAGCAGUGCCGCGAACGAUGGCACAACCACCUCAACCCGAACAUCAAAAAGACGGCGUGGACCGAGGAGGAGGACAACAUCAUCUACCAGGCGCACCUCCAGUGGGGCAACCAGUGGGCUAAGAUCGCCAAGCUGCUGCCCGGUCGGACGGACAACGCCAUCAAGAACCACUGGAACUCGACGAUGCGACGAAAGUACGAAGGUCCGGAGGCAACGCGCCGUAAACCAAAGACGCAACCGUCUUCUUCCGCGAGUCAGCAGGUUCCAUCGCAAAACAGCAGUAGCGGCACCGGGGGCGCCGGUCAGAACAGUUUGCGGAACAUCAUCUGCAACAACCGGAAGAAGGCGGCCUCGAUCGAGAGUGGGAACGAGGACUCGAACGACGCCGGUCCGGUUGCGGUGUCGACGGAGCAGGGUGACUUUUUGAUCUCGCCGAUGCCGAACUCGACCAGCGAGAAGCAGUUUGUGAUUGCGCCGCUGUACGCCACGGGGAAGACCACCACCGGCGGCGGCGGCGGUGCGUUUGUGAAUGCCAAAGUCGUUGUGAACAACAACAACAUCAUUCGAGGAGGUGGGGUCGCAGGCAGUAAUGGCACCGGCAAUGGACCUUCGCAGCAGCCGUACACGAACGUAGACUUUAACGACCUGCUCAGCAGUAGUGAUGGUGAUGGCAAGGACCGCAAGUUUAAGAUCAACACGCCCAGCAUACUGCGGAGGAAGCGAAAGUUCCGGGACGAGAAUGAGAUGAACGAUCUUCAGCAGCAGCUUUUGUUCGCCCACCAGCAGCAACGUCAGCAGCAGCUGCUGCAGGCCACCACAUCGGUGGCAAGUGGAGCGGCCGCCGCCAACCAUCAUCAGCCGCCAACGUCCAUCAACAGCCAGGACCUGCCAGGACCGGAGAGGCACCUGCUAUCGCCUACCGUCACCCCCAUCAAACCGCUUCCAUUCUCACCCAGUCAGUUUUUGAACUCACCCAGCUUGAAUGUUUCGUUCGACCAGCUUCCGGCCAGCACGCCGGUUAAGAAAGCUUGCAUUAAAACCAACGAUACUAGUCUGCUGAGCACACCGAUCCCGUUGAAAGAAAGCGGUACCAGCUCGAAGCUCGCCGAGGAUGACGGCAAGGGUCCAGCGAAAACGCCGGCGAAGGGCGUCAAGAUCGAGCCGCGAACACCAACCCCGUUCAAAAAUGCGAUGGCCGAGCUGGGCAAGCGACGAUCGGAAGUCUACAUUCCACCCAGUCCUGCGCGACUCGGCGAGGACAUUGCGGAAAUCAUGAACAGCGAGCAGGCCAAGGAAAGUAGCGGUGCCGUCGACCCGAACCGAACCAUCACCAACGGAUCGCGACCGGACCCGGCCAAGGUGGCGCAAUCCCCGCGCGCCAAACGGUCCGCCUUCACGCAAAACUGGGAAAACAGCGACAUGAGCUUCUUCGCGGAGACGCCGAGCAAAUCGCUGAUAUCGGACUCUGGCGUAAUUUUUUCGCCGCCCAGUAUUCUGCGGGAAACGCUCAGUGAUUCGGACCUGCUGUUGGACGGCGGCGGUGGCAUCCUGGACGCCGCCGGAGGGGGACAGAACGUGCCCACCAAACCAGCCGAACCGGUGCAGAUUCUCGACCCAAAGUGGGAAAAGUACGCCUGCGGGAAGACGCGCGACCAGCUCUUCAUGACCCAGCAGGCGCACAACUGUCUCAAGAAAACGUCCCUCCAGCCGCGCUCGCUAAACUUUUACAAGUAGCAACCCAAUGGGAGGAGGACGGAAGAGUGUGCGCGUACUUUAGGCUAGGCUAGGUUACUGGACCAUGUGCGUUGUGUUGGCCGCACCACCACAGGCACAAGCAAUUGUUAAAUACGGAGAAAUGUGUGUGUGUGUGUUUGCGCGUUUUAAGCGGGGUUCGUUUGUUUUAAGCUCUAGCUGAUAAGAAUUCAAACAGUUUAUUUUUGCAGCCGCGU